AUGUACGUUGUUCGAACAGUUUCAAAAUACUAUUCAACUCGUCUUAUCUAUGCCCUUGAAACAUGGAUUCCACUUGUUCAUGAAAAUGUCUUUUUCGUUAGUGAUACUUUGCUACCAAAUGUCACUCAAACUCAUAUUAUUCCUACAGAAAUAACAUGUGGUCCUAGUUCACAUUCAGUACGAUCUUUAUGUUGUCAAACAAUUCAUGAUUUUAUUCUCUAUCGUUGUCAUGCAUCUCAUUAUGAUUGGUUUUGUCAUUUCGAUGAUGAUCAAUAUGUUCAUGUAAAUAAUCUUCGUGAAUAUUUGUCUACAUUUGAUCAUCAUCUUCCUUAUUAUAUUGGACGUAAUUCAUGGAAUAAUACAUUUAAACGAAAAAAAGAUCCUUAUCAACGUCAUUUUUGGUUUGCAACAUUUGGUGCUGGAGUUUGUCUAUCGAAACGUAUUCUUGGUUUGCUUGAACCUUAUACACGUACUGUUUCACAAUUUGUUAAUGGAUGUAUUCGUGAAUAUUAUCCUGAUGACAUUUAUCUCGGCUUUCUCAUUAGUAAUUAUCUCAAUGUGUCAUUGACGAAAAAUCAUCGCUUUCAUUCUCAUCUAGAACGUUCGUUAUUCAAAGACAAACAAUCCUUUAUUGAAAUGUUCCAUCAACAAGUUACAUUCGGAUUUGAAGUGCCAUAUGCAGUGCCUCGAUUUCUUCCACAUCUAUUCCCUAUAAAUAUCGAUCGAUUUCGUAUACGUACACUUCAUUGUCUUCUCUACUCUCAACUAGAAGAUUGUCAAAUAAGAAUACAAAAGUAUCUUUUUAAUAUGCCAAAAUGA